AAUUUCUAAUAAUAUGGUAAAAAAUAAACGAAACACAUUCGAUUCGUGUUGGUUGCAUGCAAACGUCUGAACAGAACUGCAAUAGUCCUUUAAAUAGCCACAUAGCCUUCUAGUUGAAUCCACGCUGCUGCGGCUAACGGUCUUCAAAUGUCCUACUGGGUCUGCUGCAAUUCCUGCUUUCUUUGCCCAAGUCCUGAGCGCAAACUGGCAGUGACGUCCUGCGGCCAUGUCAUCUGUAGUGUCUGCUAUCAGAAAGAAUGAAAACGUUGCGGUGUCAGAAAUGUUGGGCGGCUCUCUUCCAGGCAGCCAUGGCCGGUGUUUGAUAUGCAGCAGCCAGUGCCAGGUUUCUCCUCUUUCUGACAAAAGCAGCUCAGACGUGAAGGCUUUGUUUUCUGACAUCGGCGUUAUGGCAACCAGACAUCUGACAGAGAUCAGCAAAGUUGUGGCGUUUCAGGCCCGACAUCAGAAGAGGUUGCUCAAUUACUACAAGCAAAAGAACCAUAAACUAGAAGACAUGUUGGUCACUAUAAAGCAAGAAAUGCAGCAGAUGGGGAAGAAGCUGAAUGAUCAGAGGGCUUACAUUGCUAAGCUGGAAAAGUCUCUCCAGCACCACAGUUUAAAAGCUCCGUCUCAAAUCGGCAGCAGUCCUCACACCCCGCAUGGAAACAAAUCAGUGCUUCAGAUUCCAUACGAGUCUCCCGUGUUCCUCCCGCGUCACGCUUCAGCCACCAACAUAAUAAAUGUUGCUUUUGCUGAAAGCUUGUGGUUAAAGGAAGCGGUGAUGACAGCGGCGUGGCGUUCAGCAGCUGAACUAAUGAAGUGUGCCUUCCUGUGUGGCAGCAGCCAAAGCCUGGAGCUGGAAGAAAGGAGUCUGUUCAGGAAACCCGUUUCUGCGCCCAGACUGUCGGUGAUGAAGGCGCUGCCAGAGGGACGACCAGGACCCGCCACCCACUGGUCCUACAGCCAGAACCCACUGACCUCCCACUCUGCCCACUCAGCCACCGUCAGCCGUUUUUCUCCGUCCACUCCGGAGUCGUACGGUCAGAGUUCAGCCUGGAAGUCGCCUCAGUUCAAAGCUUCGUCCUCCUUCAGCCACUCUGCGUCCUUCCUGGGGUUCCCUCCUCCUUAAGGCUUCUGGUUGGAUACGACUGGUGAUGCAGCUUAAACCCAGCAUGCAAUGAGAGACAAACGGCUCUUUACUGUCAAACUGUAAAUGAAAUAAAUUGGUAAACGAG